CAGUUCACAGUCAGUUGAGCCGAACGAGUGCCGAGGACCAGACGGGUGUCCUUGUCCCCGAGCGCCGCGCCGGCUGCCGACGAUCGAGAGCAUGUGGCGUCCACUGUUGAUCGUGUGCGUUCUGGCAGCCGUCAGCCGCGGACAGCAGCAAAACUGUCCGAGCAGCUGUCUCUGCAUCAAGUCCACUGUCCGAUGCAUGAAUAUGCACCUGCAGAUGGUGCCCCAGGUGGCGCACAACACCCACACCCUCGACUUGCGGUUCAACAAGAUCAAAGAAAUCCAGCCGGGUGCCUUUGCCAACCUCAAGGAACUUAUCACCCUGUUGCUGAACAACAAUCAGAUCACGCGGCUGCAGAACGGCGUUUUCUCCGGGCUGGAUGAACUGAAGCAUCUAUACCUGUACAAAAACCGAAUAAAAGACAUCGAGAGUGACGUGUUCAAAGGGCUGUCCAGGCUGGAACAACUGCAUUUGCAUUUCAAUGAUCUGGUUACCAUUCAUCCGGGCACUUUCAAUAACCUCGGCGAUCUCUCGAGGCUGUUUUUGCAACACAACAAACUGAAGAAAAUUCCAACCGACGCUUUCAAGAACCUCGUUACCCUCGAAAGACUACGGCUGGACAGUAAUGCCCUUGUUUGCGACUGCGAUAUGGCGUGGCUGGUGAAGUUCCUCAAGGAGAUGAAGGACACGUAUACAGCUGGCCACUGUCAGCAGCCCGUCGACAUGCAGGGCAAGUCUCUCACCACGAUGACGGACACAGAUUUCCACUGCCGCAAGCCGGAGAUCAAGGAGGAGCCGCAUGACGUCGAGAUCCCUUUCGGCGGCACCGUCUACUUCACGUGCAAGGCCGACGGCGACCCGCAGCCAAACAUUUCCUGGCUCAGGAAUAGCCACACAGUGGACAAAAAUCCGCGUUAUUCGGUUCUGGACGACGGCACCCUGAUGAUCUCGUACGCCGUGCUGGAGGACGUCGGCUCCUUUGAGUGCGUGGCCAAUAAUUCUGUCGGCCACACAAAGUCAAGAUCAGCGGUCCUGCGGGUCGGACGCACUGAUGAUAAGCCCAAGUUCGCCAUCAAUCCGGAGGACUACUACGGCCGCCAGGGGCAGCAGAUUAGUCUGCACUGCACCGCUACCGGCCAGCCCAGCCCCAAUAUUACGUGGUCCAGGGAUGGCAAGGACGUCAGAAUCAACGAGCGCUUCUGGGUGUUGGACAACGGCACUCUAACUAUUCAGCAUUCGCGGGUCGAGGACACUGGAUCGUACCAGUGCUCGGCCUCUAACUACAUCGGCACCAUUCAAACCAUUAUUUACGUCAAAGUUGUCGGUGCUCCAAUUCUGACCGAAAGUCUGAAGAACGAGAGUGCACGAGCCGGCGACAUGGUUCUGUUCCGAUGCCUCGCCCAAGGCCAGCCAUCACCGACCGUCAACUGGUACAAAGAGGGCCAGCUUAUCUCACACGGCGGGAAUUUCACUCUCCUCGCCAACGGUAAAAUCCUGCGAAUCGAAAGAGUACAGCUGUCGGACGCGGGUCGGUACACGUGCAUCGCGCGCAACACGGCUGGGCAGGUGAUUGCCAGCGCGUGGCUCAGCGUGGAGGACGAACGUCGAGAGGCGCCCGUGUUCCAGGACAAGCCGUUCGACUUGACCGUCGUCCCUGGGGCCACAAUCAAAGUGCCCUGCAGCGCCACCGGACACCCACGCCCAGAAAUUGAGUGGCGCAAGAACAACGCGCCCAUCGAUGAUGAUACGCAACACAAGAUCGCGUCUGGCGGCAGUUUGUACAUCUACAACAUCACCGAGGCCGACGCCGGAGUUUACGAGUGCACCGCAGUCAACGAACAAGGCAAAAUUUCGGCGAAAGCCACCGUCAAUGUCAUAGGUGCUCCAAUUCUGACCGAAAGUCUGAAGAACGAGAGUGCACGAGCCGGCGACAUGGUUCUGUUCCGAUGCUUCGCUCAAGGCCAGCCAUCACCGACCGUCAACUGGUACAAAGAGGGCCAACUUAUCGCACGCGGCGGAAAUGUUGCUCUCCUCGCCAACGGCCAACUCCUACGAAUCAAACAAGUUAAGUUGUCGGAUGCGGGGCAGUACACGUGCAUCGCGCGCAACACGGCCGGGCAGGUGAUCGCCGGCGCGUGGCUCAGCGUGGAGGACGAACGUCGAGAGGCACCUGUGUUCCAGGACCAGCCGUUCGACUUGACUGUCGACCCUGGGGCUACAAUCGAAGUGCCCUGCAGUGCAACCGGACACCCACGCCCAGAAAUUGAGUGGCGCAAGAACAGCGCGCCCAUCGAUGAGGAUACGCAACACAAGAUCGCGUCUGGCGGCAGUUUGUACAUCUACAACAUCACCGAGGCCGACGACGGAGUGUACGAGUGCACCGCGGUCAACGAAAAAGGCAAAAUUUCGGCGAAAGCCACCGUCACUGUCAGAGGUGCUCCAAUUCUGACCGAAAGUCUGAAGAACGAGAGUGCACGAGCCGGCGACAUGGUUCUGUUCCGAUGCUUCGCUCAAGGCCAGCCAUCACCGACCGUCAACUGGUACAAAGAGGGCCAACUUAUCGCACGCGGCGGAAAUGUUGCUCUCCUCGCCAACGGUCAAAUCCUGCAAAUCAAACUAGUUGAGUUGUCGGACGCGGGGGAGUACAUGUGCAUCGCGCACAACACGGUCGGGCAGGUGAUCGCCGAAGCGUGGCUCAGCGUGGAGGACGAACGUCGAGAGGCGCCCGUGUUCCAGGACCAGCCAUUCGACUUGACCGUCGACCCUGGGGCCACAAUUGAAGUGCCCUGCAGCGCCACUGGACACCCACGCCCAAAAAUUGAAUGGCGCAAGAACAGCGUGCCCAUCGAUGAGGAUACGCAACACAAGAUCACGUCUGGCGGCAGUUUGUACAUCUACAACAUCACCGAGGCCGACGCCGGAAUUUACGAGUGCGCCGCAGUCAACGAAAAAGGCAAAAUUUCGGCGAAAGCCACCGUCACUGUCAGAGGUGCUCCGAUUCUGACCGAAAGUCCGAAGAACGAGAGUGCACGAGCCGGCGACAUGGUUCUGUUCCGAUGCCUCGCCCACGGUCAGCCAUCACCGACCGUCAACUGGUACAAAGAGGGCCAGCUUAUCCCACACGGCGGAAAUGUCGCUCUUCUCGCCAACGGUCAAAUCCUGCGAAUCGAACAAGUGAAGUUGUCGGAUGCGGGGCAGUACACGUGCAUCGCGCGCAACACGGCCGGGCAGGUGAUCGCCGGCGCGUGGCUCAGCGUGGAGGACGAACGUCGAGAGGCACCUGUGUUCCAGGACCAGCCGUUCGACUUGACCGUCGUCCCUGGGGCCACAAUUGAAGUGCCCUGCAGCGCCACAGGACACCCACGCCCAGAAAUUGAGUGGCGCAAGAACAGCGUGCCCAUCGAUGAGGAUACGCAACACAAGAUCGCGUCUGGCGGCAGUUUGUACAUCUACAACAUCACCGAGGCCGACGCCGGAGUUUACGAGUGCGCCGCAGUCAACGAAAAAGGCAAAAUUUCGGCGAAAGCCACCGUCACUGUCAGAGGCAUGACGGUGGUUGCUGGGCCGGGCGACAGGUUCGUGGUAAAGGCGCACCAAGAAGCGCAAAGCAAGGUGGACAAGGCAGUCAACGACACCCUAACGUCGCUCUUCACGCGCUCGACGCCUGCCACCCCGGGCGAGCUGCUGCGAAUCCUGCGCUACCCCAAUGCUGAGGCCAGGCAAGUGGCCAGGGCAGCCGAAAUCUACGAAAUCACCCUGGCUAAUGUGCGAAAGUACGUGCUGGCUGGCUUGAAACUCAGUCUCGAAGAUAGCAAAGACUUUUCGUAUAGAGAGCUGCUGUCGCCGAACCAGCUUGAGCUGGUCGCCAACCUGUCCGGCUGCAUGCUGCACAGGCCGCACGUGGACUGCGACGACAUGUGCUUCCACGCCAAGUACAGGGCGUUGGACGGCACCUGCAACAACCUGAGACACCCGAUGUGGGGCGCCUCACUCACCGCUUUCGUCCGCCUUCUCCCAGCUGCCUACGAAAACGGAUUUAAUCUGCCAAUAGGCUGGACAAAAGGGCUCAAGUACCGCGGCUUUGAGAAGCCGAAUGCUCGCCUCGUUUCCAGCUCUUUGUUGAGCACCACCGACAUCACCCCCGACCACUUUAACAGCCACAUGCUGAUGCAGUGGGGUCAGUUCCUGGACCACGAUAUGGACCACGCCAUUCCUUCGCUCAGCGGCGAGAGCUACGAAGACGGCGUCGAGUGCAAGGGGUCAUGCGAGUUCGCCUCUCCAUGCUACCCGAUUGAGAUUCCCGAGCACGACUUGCGGGGCCGAUUAGACAAGUGCAUGGAUUUCGUGAGGAGCAGUGCUAUUUGUGGUUCCGGCGGCACUUCGGUCCUCUUCGACUCGGUCAACCCGCGCGAGCAGAUAAAUCAGCUCACUUCCUUCAUUGAUGCAUCCCAGGUUUAUGGUUUCUCCAGUUCAGUGGCGUCAGAUCUGCGAAACUUCACUAGCCAGGAUGGGCUCAUGAGAACAACCAACCUGCCAAGAGUCCGGGGUGACCUGUUGCCACUGGAAGACCGGCCCUUUAUGGACUGCAGACGGGAUCCAAGGGAGCACAACAUUGGCUGCUUCAUGGCUGGAGACAUCAGGGCCAACGAGCAAGUGGCCCUGUUGGCGAUGCACACUAUCUGGCUCAGGGAACACAACAGGGUCGCCCUCAAGCUGAGGUCUUUCAACCCUUUGUGGGAGUCAGACACGAUUUUCCACGAAGCACGAAAGAUUGUUGGCGCCCAAAUGCAGCACAUCACGUUCACCCACUGGCUGCCGCACAUCCUGGGCCCCUCGGGCAUGGAGAAGAUGGGCGCCUACAAGGGCUACCAGCCAGACGUGGACCCUCGCGUGUCCAACGCAUUCGCGACGGCUGCCUUCCGCUUCGGCCACUCGUUGAUCAACCCCAUUUUCGAGAGACUCAACGCCUCCUUCCACCCUAUUCCCGAGGGGCCGUUGCCCCUGCACAGAGCCUUCUUCUCUCCCUGGCGCCUCGUCGAGGAGGGCGGCGUCGACCCCCUCAUGAGAGGCAUGAUCUUUUCUCCUGCAAAGCUAAAGACGCCCCAGCAAACCUUGAAUUCCGACUUGACCGAACGACUCUUCUCCGCAGCGCAUAACGUUGCGUUGGACUUGGCUGCAAUUAACAUUCAACGAGGUCGAGACCACGGUUUACCAAGCUACAAUGACUACCGCCGAUUCUGCAAUUUGAGCCACGCAGAAACCUUCAUGGACUUGCGCAAUGAAAUCAAGAGCAGUGGAGUGCGAGAAAAACUUGAGAAGUUGUACGGUCAUCCAGGAAACAUUGAUUUGUGGGUUGGAGGCAUCCUGGAGGAUCAGGUGGAGGGUGGAAAGGUCGGUCCUACCUUCCAGUGCAUCUUGGUUGACCAGUUCCGCAGACUCCGCGAUGGAGACAGAUUUUGGUACGAGGACCCAGCCGUUUUCUCUCCAGCGCAGUUGACGCAGAUCCGGCAGACGUCCCUGGCGGCUGUGCUAUGCAACAACGGAGAUUCAAUCGACCGGGUGACCAGGGAUGUGUUCACGCUACCAAUGAUGCAAAGGUCGGGCCUGGUGACUUGCGAGGAGGUGCCUCAGAUAGAGCUCAGCUUCUGGACUGAAUGCUGCCAAGAAUGCAAAAACUCGCAAAGACCCGAGAUAUCAAGACGAGUUCGCCGUGCUGCUGACGACACAAAUCAAGUUGUCGAGGAAGCUGCAACUCCUGCGGUGACCCAGGCACCAAGGAGGAGGAACAAAAACCCUGGUGGCAGAACAACGACCACCAGCACCACAGCCCCAACCACAACCACCACCGCGACGGUUGCAACGACGACGACCGCCACUCCGAUGACCACCGCCAUGACCACGGCCUCUCCAAAGCCACCAGCUCCCGAGGCAGACGACUCAGAGGAAGGGCACCACGAGGAGGAAGAAGAAGAAGAGGCCAAGACUAUCGAGGAGGUGAUAGCGUACAUCGACAAGCAGCUGAAGAGGAUCAAGCGAAAGAUCAAGAAACUGGAGCACAGGAUCAUCAACGAGGACUCGCACAAAUCGCUCAAGCACAACAGCAAGCAGUGCACCGACGACACCGGACACGUCCGACUCAACGGCGAAAUCUGGCACCUCGAUUCAUGCACGCAGUGCCACUGUUUGAAACAUCAGAUAACGUGCACUCGAAACAUUUGCCCUCCUCUCAUCUGCAACCUGCCCCAAGUGGCCAUCACGCAUGACGGCGAGUGCUGCGCUCGGUGCACAUCUCCAAAGGCCUAGGAAGGCCUCCAGCAAGACUACACCUAGUCAAUUUUGUGUGCUCCUCAUAUCACAGAAUUCAACUCUACACAUAGUCCGAGCAGCAGAUAUUACCGUUAAAAUGACUAGACUCGAGAAAUUCUAGGAUGUAGAACUACAAAAUAUUCCUAAUUGGUCGUGGAAUCAUGUAUGAAAACUUCUAUGACUAUUCCUGCCAGAUAUAGCUGCCAAGUUCAAGUAAAUAACUGUCGUCGUUUAAUGCCAGGCGUAAAAUAAAAAAUUCUCUAACUUUGUUUCAAUACGAAAAAUUCCGCUUUGUUAAGUUAACGUGUGGAUGCCAUAUUAUAUAAUUGUAUUUAAAUUCCAGAUAUAAAUCUAAGUAAGUGUUCAACUAUUGCAUUAAAUAAUUAUUUGAUAAUAUCAACUCUUUAACGUGUUCUGCGUGAAUCAAGCUUGUUUGUGGAUGAUCUCUCGAAAUGGAAUUAGUAAAUGUUAAGAGCCAUGACCUAAUAUAAACUUCAAUAGUUGAACUGUGUCGAGUGUCGAGCCGAUGCAUGUCAGCAGCGAAAGAAAGCUUCGUAACAAUAAACAAACCCUUAAAAUUA